CGGAAGAUAGAAAAGCCAAACAAAUUUUCCUCUUGUGAGAUGGGUAUCAUCGUCAUAAUUGAAGAAUGACCCACUUUUGCACUAAAUUCUGAAAUUGGCGGUUUUCAUGUUGAGUUUCCGGUUAGGGGUUGUUUUGGUUUCUUCGCGUUUUGGGUCUUAGUUUUGUGAUUGGUCUUGUUUGGCAACGCUUAGAUUCUUAUCUUCGUGGACGCUUUUGAUGGAUAUGUCCCGGUUUAUUGUAUUUCUCACCAUGGCGUUUCAGAUGUAUACUUUGUGAUGUUACCUGAAUAAUAAUUUGGAAACUUGUGUUUGGUUGAUGGGAAAACUACUAUAGGCCUCGAGACGCAAGACAAUCUUGAAGCUUUGUUUUACAUGAGUUCUCUUUCCUUCAUAAAUAUCUGUUCUUCAUGUUCUUGUGUCUCAUCAAAAGCUGCUAGUUUUAGGAUUUUUCAGCAUGGGGGCGUUUGGCUUUGAUGUAGAAUGAUAGAAGGAAGGGAAGCUUAAGGCUACAUGGCAGUGACAUUUACAAAUCUCUCACAGUGGUUGUGGAGUGGGAAGUCUAGGGAGCCCAGAAUCUCUAAUGGAUCAUCUUUAAGGCAGGAUCCAGAUCUAUUGGAAUCCGAUACAUUGAGAUUCCCAUUGGCCAAGGGGCGAGAGUCUGAUGAUUCUGAUUAUUCAAUUGGUUGGGUGGAGCCUCAUGGACCAGGAUUCCAGAGUGAUGAAGACACUGAUGACAGCUUUGCUGUUCUAGUCCCUUGUUAUGGUCAUGCUAAGGGUAACCAGUUUCAGGACUCCUUGCAGAGAACAAUUGGUGCAGUUGUUAACAUCCCUGAUGGUUUUUCUCAAGUCUCAUCAAUCGGCAUGGACAUAUCACAAGAUAAGACGCGGAAGGGAGGAGCUACAGCGAAUGAAGCAGUCGAAGCAGUUGAACUUUCAGUCCAGUCAUUCUAG